CACUGCAAAAAAAAAAAAAAAUCUCACACGGUCGGAGGGAUUUCCUGUGCUGUUGCUGAGCUGCAAAAAAAUUUGCGAAGGCUUCAUCUAAGGGCGUCUCGGUGUCUGUUUUUUCCUGAUUUAAUGUCUUAGUAAAGAAACACUUACUGUGCGUGUCCUAGACUACAUCCUGAAGUAGCUAGCUAGCCAGUAAUAAUGACGUCUGAAGCCACUGUGGCCGACACUCGCCGGUUAAACUCCAAGCCGCAGGACCUGACGGACGCUUACGGACCUCCGAGUAAUUUUCUGGAAAUUGACGUCUACGAUCCGCAGACUAUCGGAGUCGGGCGGAACCGGUUCACCACUUACGAGGUCCGGAUGCGGACCAACCUCCCCAUUUUCAAGCUGAAAGAAUCUUGUGUACGAAGAAGGUACAGCGACUUUGAGUGGCUGAAAAAUGAGCUGGAAAGAGACAGUAAGAUCGUCGUGCCUCCUCUGCCUGGGAAAGCACUGAAGAGACAGCUCCCUUUCCGUGGAGAUGAGGGAAUAUUCGAGGAGUCGUUCAUUGAAGAGAGGAGAGUCGGACUUGAACAGUUCAUCAACAGAAUUGCUGGUCAUCCCUUGGCUCAGAACGAGCGCUGUCUUCACAUGUUCCUGCAGGAGGAGAGCAUCGAUCGCAACUACAUCCCUGGAAAAGUAUGAAUGAAAUGCUACAGUAAGACUAAGGCGCCUCCUCCUCUCAGAAGACUGCCUCAUCUCUGUGCUUAUACUUGCCUAGCACGCUUACUCAGGUGCUCUUAAAGAAAACACUGAACCCAAUUCGAGAAACAACAGUCCUGAUCGUUUUGCUGUCCACACUUUAUUUUCUUUAAAAAAAAACAUUCUUAGUGCUAAAUCAUUUAGAGGCCCAACAAUAAUGACUUGAAUAGACUGCACGAGUAUCUCACAUUGCAUGAAUGAUUUAUUUCUUGAAGUGCCAGAAGUGUCAUGUCAAUUCACGGUAAGGAACAUUCUGUAGUAAGUAGCUCAGUCCCUGGAGUCUGUCUUUCCCCUGGUCAUGUACAUCAGCAUUCAUUAAGCCUUAUUUACUGCAUAUUUCAAGAUGAUAUAUAAAAUGUGUUCAAGAUGUAGCAAGGCAGACGUGAGGUGUGAAAUUGGGACCACACAUCAUUCCUGUUCGACAUUCCAUUUACACACCUUCCGAACAAUUACAUAUUUUUUUGUUUUGUUUUUUUUUUUUAAAUCAAAGAGUAGAGUGUUGCAGCAUUGUGUGUUUUCUUGGCUUCUCUAUAUGUUGGUGUUGGAUCACUGCGGUUGGGACUGUACACCUUCAAUCACAAUGAAAAUCACUGAGGUCCACUGUCCCUCUGACAUCCUUAUCAAGAUUAUUUCUUGUUUUUAUAAAUUUAUAAUAUUGCUGAUUCAAAACUAUAUACAUUUAACUUGUACAAGUGUCGUAGUUCUUCAUUUUCAUGAAUUGUCCUGUCAUUCCUGCCCCUUGAAUUAAACUCCCUCUGCCUGCUUUA